AUGACUCUCUCCACGGUCCUGGCAAUUGCCCUGCUGGGUACGCAGGCCACCGCCCUUCCCGGUAGAGACGAGUCGGCUAUCGUGCGACGAGCUUGUCCAGAAUAUACUUCUUAUGCAUCGACACCACAUGCGCCGUACAGCGGGGGUCCCUUGAACCUGCCCUUCCAGCGGCCCGCGGAAGUAUGCAGGACAUUCUCGUCUCCGGCCGUCGAGAAGGUGAUUGAAGAUAUCACCUCGCGUCUGGUGGACAAGGACCUUGCGCAGUUGUUCCGCAAUUCCUUCCCUAACACUUUGGACACCACAAUCCGGUGGCACCAGAAUGCGUCGACUUCAGCCGGCGCAAAGGGCAAGAGAGAUGGCCCGCAAUGGAGCGGCGUGCAAACCUUCAUUGUAACAGGCGACAUCAAUGCCGAAUGGUUGCGCGAUUCGACGAACCAACUCGUCAACUACCAAUCCCUGGCCGCCAAAGAUAAGAGCCUAUACUCCCUUAUCCUCGGUGCUAUUAGCACUCAAUCCGAGUUUGUGAUUCAGUCGCCUUACUGCAAUGCAUUCCAGCCACCCUCUGCUAGCGGCGUCAAGCCCGAAAACAGCACCCAAAAGGAUACCGUCCACCCUGCAUACAACCCAUCGUUCGUCUUCGAGUGUAAAUACGAAUUAGACUCGCUGGCGCACUUCCUUCAACUGGGUACUGAGUUCUAUGAGAAAACCGGCUCAACCGAGUUCCUGACCGAAAGAUGGUACAAGGCGUUACAGACUGUGUUGAAGACCAUCGAUGCACAGUCGAAACCGACAUUCAAUGAUAAGAACCAGUUCGUUACAAAUCAAUACACCUUCCAGCGCCAAACAAACAUUGGCACAGAGACCCUUAGCUUGUCUGGCGUGGGCAAUCCUCUGAACGGUGAUACCGGUCUGAUUCGCAGCGCUUUCCGUCCGAGUGACGACGCGACAAUUCUGGGAUUCUUCAUCCCCCCUAAUGCCCAGAUGUCCGUGCAGCUCCGGAAGACCGCAAAGGUCAUCAAAGCUGCUGGCGGACCCGCCGAUCUGGCCGCCGACCUCCAGGAGCGUGGUACGAAGCUUGCCAAAGCAAUCCACGAACAUGCCAUCGUCCAACAUCCCAAAUACGGAGAUGUCUACGCCUUCGAAGUCGACGGGUAUGGCUCUCGCAUCCUCAUGGAUGACGCCAACAUCCCCUCCCUGCUUUCUCUUCCAUAUCUCGGUUUUGUGGACAAGUCCGACCCCGUCUAUCAGAACACUCGCAAGAUGAUUACUGACAAGGCAUCUAAUCCUUAUUAUUUGGAAGGACCCCAGUUCCAUGGUAUUGGUGGUCCCCAUAUUGGACUGGAGCACGCGUGGCCCAUGUCCCUGCUUGUGCAGGCCAUGACUUCCGACGACGACGAUGAAAUCCUUGGGAAUCUCAACCUCGUUCGGAACUCGAGUCUACUUGGACUUGUGCAUGAGUCUAUCAAUGUGACCAAUAUCAAGGACUAUACUCGUCCAUGGUUUGCUUGGGCAAAUUCGGUCUUCGCUGAGACUGUGCUCAAGGUUGCUGCUGAGAGACCGCAUUUGAUCUUUGGGGAGGGUGCUGAGCCUUACAUUAUUUCUUAG